AGUGUGUUGAGUCGAACGCAAUGUUGUCAAACCCAAAACAAACGUCGACAAAGCUAGUGAAUUGAAUAUUUUGACAAUGAAAUUAGGCUUUAAUUUUGUGGCAUAGAUAAAAAUAUUUACCGAUGGUAGUGAUCGCAAUAUCUAAAGGACGCAAGAGGACCCCUGAAAAUGUCAAAAAGCGUCAAAAGUGAGAGGAGAGCGCAAAGUUCCUUGAUAGAAGUCAAGAGUAAGUUUGCAGCAGAAUUUCGUCGCUUCAGUCUUGAACGUGAAAAGUUUGAUAAAUUGGAGGAUUUCCAGAAUCUAAUUGAAAAGCUGCACAAGCUUACAAACAUAGCAUUUGUGCUAUCAUACACAGACCCAGGAGAUGGCAGCUUAUUACCCAUAAACAAUGAUGACAACUUCAAGAAAGCAUUACAACGAGCAAGACCAGUACUUAAAAUCAUUAUUCAACAUAAAGGUGUUGUCUUUUCAACAGGGAGCUUGGAACAUCUUCAGAAUGGCAGCAGCAAGAUCCCAUCAAUACUGUCCCCUUUUGUCACACAGCCAAGAAAUAAACUAUCCAUAUCCUAUCCACAGGACUUCAGACAGGUAGCAGCAAUCAUUGAUGUAGAUGUUGUCCCAGAAGUGUUCAGAAGAGUAAGACUUUUAAAACAUGGUUCGGACAAGCCUCUAGGUUUCUACAUUCGUGAUGGCACAAGUGUUCGUGUCACCCCACAUGGCCUUGAAAGGGUACCUGGAAUUUUCAUUUCAAGACUAGUACCUGGAGGGCUGGCAGAAAGCACUGGCCUCUUGGCUGUUAAUGAUGAAGUGCAAGAAGUCAAUGGUAUUGAAGUCCAUGGAAAAACCUUAGAUCAGGUGACAGACAUGAUGGUUGCAAAUAGCAGCAACUUGAUCAUAACUGUCAAGCCAGCCAACCAGAGAACAGUCGCUCAUACUCCACGGAGAGGGUCUUUCUCUCGUAACUCUGCCAUGUCAUCAGGAUCACAGCAGUCACACCAGUCAGCAUCAGAUGAUGACAGAUAUGACCAGGAUGAGAUUAGGGACCUUACAGCUGGCGACUCGCUCACAGACGCACCUCUGUCCCAUGCAAUGUCUGCAAAAGAAGAAGGGGUUUUGCAUCUCUAACAUUCUAUUUAAUAUAUAUAUAUAUUUUUUUUUCCAUGAGAUUUUUUCUAGUUUGCAAGUUGUAUAAUUAUAUCUUGUAUUAUAUGAGUGAAAUGAAAUGGGACAUUUUUGGAGCAUUAUAGGAAAACUUUUAAACAUUCACUUUAAAAAUUUUUAACCAUAGUACUGUACUUAAUUAGGUAUGUAGCUUGUGGUGAAUUAUCACGCUACAUAAAUUAUAGAUGAUAAAUCUAGCCCACCGUUGAGAGAAUUCUUGUUCAGAGAGCUUAUAAUAAAUGUGAAUAGACAUGAAAAGUGCCUGAAUAGCAUUAAUGAAUAUAACUAUGGGUGUCUUUAAACUGCCUUAAAAUAUUGUCAGUUGCCAGUACAGGUGAAGUAGUUCAACUAAUAUCUUGAUGUCCCUUUUCUCAAGGAAUUGAUACUUAAUGUUUGCCGUCUCGUACAUAAUUGUUGCCAUAAUGGCAUAAUCCAUCCAAUCUUUUCAGUAGUUACAACACUCUUUCCCCUGAAGGUUUCGUUUUUAUCCUGAAAUUAUCAGUAUUAGAGAUGAUUUUUUUUUUUUUUUUGAGGAAUCACUUCUGUAAAUUGAUAUCUUUUUUUUUUUUUUUUUGAGGAAUCACUUCUGUAAAUUGAUAUUCUUGAAAGUGUUAGAUUUCAUGACAUAAUAGUUUCCAUGUCAAGGGUAUAUUUUUUUUAAUAUGGCCUUUUGCAGCUAAUGUGGAUGGUUUUAAUGAGAAAAAUACUGUGUAAUAUUUGUGCCUUCAUGGAUCAUUUCAGGAGUCAGCUAAUUUUGUGUGCCUUGUGUUAACAGUUUUACAUUUGUAGUGCAAGCUUCCUCUGGCAAGCAGCUGUUAUUCAAGUGCUCAGAGUGAUAUGAAUAUUUCUCCGGUGAGGGAAACUCAACUGAGCAGAGAAGAUGCAUACAAGAAAACAGGGAUUUACUGUAGAUACUGGUAGCCAGUGUAAACUGUUAUUCUGUUUAGAUUGUUGAGCAUAUUACAUUCCAAAACUGAGGAUGUUUAUCUUGGUAUGUACUUAGAUUUUUGUAAUUAGCUUUAAACUUGGAGUUCAUUCAAGUGCGGUGCCGUCUUGCGAUUGUAUAUACAAUAAUGUGCACAUUGUAUACUUUUGAAAUAGAGCCAAUGUUAUACCCCAUUGGCUUGCACAUCAUGUAGUUAACCAUGAAGAAAUUGCUACUGGUCGUACACAUUACCUUAUCAAGGUUGUCACUAUAGUGUACAAUUUUCACACUGAAUGUAUGAAUAUUCUUUAAAGUUUAGGUUGGAGCUAAGUAGUGCAUCAUCUAGCAGUAGGCUUCCAUUCUUGUGUAAACUUCCGUAUUGUAUCUAUUUUUUAUUUCAGACUGAGCAUUGCAGGAUAGACUUUCUUUGUAAAUGUUUUCAAGGAAAUAAUAAAUUAUAGAACAAAGACCAAACAGUAGCCCUAAAAAUUUUAAAGAUAGAGAGAGAAAACUAAGGACAAGGUUAAUGCAUUUAGUCUAGCUUACAAAGGUUGUGUUUUUCAGUGUUCAUUGUAGGCAGACACAAAUCCUAAUUAUCGUGAAUAAAGUGACUUUUGAGUUGAAUGUUCAAGAUAAAAAGUGCUUUAGUUUGGUUUUAUUUGUUCAAAAAAAUGAGACAGCUGGAUAUUGUUGUUUUUCCACAUUCCGUCCCUUAGGAACUUAAUGUUGCUCUAUUUUUGUUACUCGAUGUUCUGGGUUUGGAAGACCACCCGUUGAAUGAGUGCCUAUGGUGUUUAGCUGUAUAUCCUUUAUCCCUCCAGCAAUAAUAUACUUUUUAGGUCAUGACUGUAAUGAUGUGUUUUAGCAGCUUUUGAAGUCCAUCCAGAAGUGGUCUUAUCUACUAUUUUGUGAUAUACACAUCAGCUUUGUGGCCAUCAUGCUGAAGUUUUACAUGUAAAGGUAAAGGCUGAGAUUCUGCAGUUUUUAUUCUGACUAAAAACUUUUUUUCAUAAGGAGUUAACAGCACUGAUUUCAUGUGUAAUAAUGAAUUCUAACAUUCAAAUUUCUGAAAUUACAGGUAUAAUACAUCAUCAGCUCUUCCAUGUCCCGUUGUAUGUGCAGAUCAUUGUAUUGCUAACAGAUGUAUUAUCAAACAGUUUAUUGAUGUUUGUUAUUGUAAUAAUUUAUCUGAUUGUGUCUAAGGGUAGCAGUAUUUUAAAAAUGGUGUAUAUUUAUGCUGCUGAAAUUUGCUGUUCUCUGUAGGAUUGCAUGUGCAGCAGCGAAGAAGUCAUACAACUGGUAGUUUUACAUAAUCUUUGCACAUAAGUUUAACAGAUGAGAAAUUAUUUUAUACAUACAUAGUUGUAUGGACUAUAGCUUAUUAAAGUAAAUAUUAUUUA